AUGCAGUCUAUUAUUUAUUAUUCACCCUCGGGAACACCUGAUGCAUCUAUUAUUUACAUUGUUCACCUCUAUUAUUUCGUGAACACCGGAUGCAGUCUAUUAUUUACAUUGGUCACCUCUCGGGAACACCUGAUGCAGUCUAUUAUUUACAUUGGUCACCUCUCAGGAACACCUGAUGCAGAUGCAGAACACCCGAUGCAGUCUAUUAUUUACAUUGCUCACCUCUUGGGAACACCGGAUGCAGUCUAUUAUUUACAUUGGUCACCUCUCGAACACCGAUGCAUCUAUUAUUUACAUUGGUCACCUCUCGGGAACACCCGAUGCAGUCUAUUAUUUACAUUGGUCACCUCUCGGGAACACCCGAUGCAGUCUAUUAUUUACAUUGGUCACGGGGAACACCGGAUGCAGUCUAUUAUUUACAUUGUUCACCUCUCGGGAACACCUGAUGCAGUCUAUUAUUUACAUUGGUCACCUCUCGGGGAUGCAGUCUAUUAUUUACAUUGGUCACCUCUGAUGCAGUCUAUUAUUUACAUUUCGGGAACACCUGAUGCAUCUAUUAUUUACAUUGGUCACCUCUCGGGAACACCUGAUGCAGUCUAUUAUUUACAUUGGUCACCUCUCGGGAACACCAGUUACAGUCCAUUAUUUACAUUGUUCACAUCUCGGGAACACUCCUUUCCAUUUCUUACAUUGCUCCCCUCUCGGGAACACCGGAUGCAGUCUUUCUCCGUCUUUCUCUUUCACCUCGGUCUUUCUCCGUCUUUCUCUUUCACCUCGGUCUUUCUCCGUCUUUCUCUUUCACCUCGGUCUUUCUCCGUCUUUCUCUUGCACCUCGGCCUUUCUCCGUCUUUCUCUUUCACCUCGGCCUUUCUCCGUCUUUCUCUUGCACCUCGGUCUUUCUCCGUCUUUCUCUUGCACCUCGGUCUUUUUCUCCGUCUUUCUCUUUCACCUCGGUCUUUCUCCGUCUUUCUCUUUCACCUCGGUCUUUCUCCGUCUUUCUCUUGCACCUCGGUCUUUCUCCGUCUUUCUCUUUCACCUCGGUCUUUCUCCGUCUUUCUCUUUCACCUCGGUCUUUCUCCGUCUUUCUCUUGCACCUCGGUCUUUCUCCGUCUUUCUCUUGCACCUCGGUCUUUCUCCGUCUUUCUCUUUCACCUCGGUCUUUCUCCGUCUUUCUCUUGCACCUCGGUCUUUCUCCGUCUUUCUCUUUCACCUCGGUCUUUCUCCGUCUUUCUCUUGCACCUUGGUCUUUCUCCGUCUUUCUCUUUCACCUCCGUCUUUCUCCGUCUUUUUCUCUUGCACCUCGGUCUUUCUCCGUCUUUCUCUUUCACCUCGGUCUUUCUCCGUCUUUCUCUUGCACCUUGGUCUUUCUCCGUCUUUCUCUUGCACCUCGGUCUUUCUCCGUCUUUCUCUUUCAUCUCGGUCUUUUUCACUCUUUUUCUUUCAUCUCGGUCUUUUUCCUUCUUUCUCUUGCGCCUCGGGCUUUCUCAAUCUUUCUCCUUCACCUCGGUCUUUCUCCGUCUUUCUCUUGCAUCUCGGUCUUUCUCAAUCUUUCUCCUUUACCUCGGUCUUUCUCCGUCUUUCUCUUGCGCCUCGGCCUUUCUCCGUCUUUCUCUUGCACCUCGGACUUUCUCCAUCUUUCUCUUUCACCUCGGUCUUUCUCCAUCUUUCUCUGCACCUCGGUCUUUCUCUUGCACCUCGCUCUUUCUCCGUCUUUCUCUUGCACCUCGGUAUUUCUCUGUCUUUCUCUUGCACCUCGGUCUUUCCCCGUCUUUAUUUUUCACCUCGGUGUUUCUCCGAGGAAAAAAACACUUCGGAAUUGAUUGA